AUGUUUGUCAAUGAGAAGUGGACGCAGUCUAGUGUAGCUAAAGAAGUUGUAGGGAAAAUGAUUGUUAAGAUUGUUGCUAGUGGUGCAUUUUGGGCGCAUUGUGAUUUCUCUUGUAAGGUAUUGAAAUCUUUAGUGGAUGUUGUAAGAGUGGUGGAUAUCGAGCUGAAGCCAACCAUGGGUGUUAUAUAUGAAGCAAUGAGAUUGGCAAGGGAAAAGCUACAAAUAACAUUUAGAGAAGAUAAAGGGACUUUGGACAAGAUCACGGCUAUUAUUAAUGAAAGAUGGGAGGACCAGUUGGAUCACCCUCUCCAUGCAGCAGCUUGGUACUUGAACCCUUCUAUAUUUUACAAGAUUCCGCAAGAAGAAAUGGGCAGUAGCUCAAAGUAUGCGAUGCUAAAGAGGGGACUUUUUAAUGCAAUGGAAAAGCUCAUAACUGACGACAACGAACAUGAUAAGGCUAUAAAGCAGUUGAGAUUGUACAGUGAUGCAUAUGGAGCGUUAGGAACGCAAGCUGCAGUCAAAAGCAGGGACACUACAACACCUUAUGAUUGGUGGAUCACUUACGUCGGGAUGGAUGUUCCAGAACUCCAAAAAUUUGCGAUAAGGGUCUUGAGCCAAACUUGUAGUGCUUCAUCGUGUGAGCGAAAUUGGAGCACAUUCGGCAAUAUGCAUACAAAGAGGUGCAAUCGUUUCUUACAACAGAAGUUGAAUGACUGUGUUUAUAUUCAAUACAACAAGAAAUUGCAGCGCAGAUACGAAGAAAUACAAAGACAUAAUUUUGGGGCCCCUGAAAUCCCUAUUUUUUUGGGUGCACUUGAUGAAGAAGAUAAUUGGUUGGACCCUGAGAACUUGAGUGAUUUGAUUCAUCAAGCUGAUGAGUUUACAGGUGCUCAAGCAAACCAUGCUAUAGGUAUCAGUUCAGGACCAGUUACAAGAAGUAUCCGACGAGUUCCUAGGGUCCACUCUCCAAUUGAUGUCGUGGACGAUGAAUUUGAUUCUGAUUUUAACGGUGAAGCUCGAGUACCUGCCAGCGAGGGGUUAUAUGGUGUUGGAAGUCCUUUGGCUGAUCCUGCAAACGCUAUUAUGGAUGAUUUACUUUAG